CAUUCUAAGAAUCGAAGUAUUAUACGAGACCAAAUUUUGUUUAUCUAAGGGAUUUUGUUUAACUAACUUUCAGGCAUAGUAGGUUAAUAGGCUUUUGAAUUCACUCACAGAAAAAUUAAAGUACAAAACAGAAUCAAGAUUCUUGCUUGGUCAUGGAACUCGAAAACGUUACAAGUGUAGGCGAAAUUGCUGCAUGUGCCAAGUUGCCAUUAAACGAAAUCGAUCUCAUAUCCCGCACAUCGAAAUGUGGAAAAAGUGUUUUAGAGAUUUUCGACGUGGACGAGAAGGUCAGUUUCUCAUCUGUUGGAGGUGAGGAGGAAAUGGAAAUUCUUGAUCGUUCAGAGCAGUCUGAUGAUAGACCAGUGAAAAUAGCACACGAUAUUGACUGUCUGAUCCGACAGAUUGAGCGUAUGCAAAUUGCGAUCAGGAAACGUCAAGUUAAGAAGUGUAGCGAACAGAUCAGCGAAGAAUCCGCAGCCCAAGAGAUGGAAACCCUGACCGAGUCCUCAGUUAUGUGCAAGCAGUGGGAAAAUCAGGGAAAUGACAUUAAAAUCCCAGAGAAAUCUGCAGCCGUAUGCCCGAAAAACCAACCGCUGAGCGGCAAUGAGUUACUCGAAGCAAGGAGUCUUCGUCAGGCCCACAAUCGCAUUCAACAGCAAAUAGACGAAGUGAUCUGCAGGUAUAAUAAGCUCCGCGAGUUUAUAUACCAAAUGCGGAAAAGGAUUCGCUGCAUGGAGGGCAAUCUCAUAGAUUUAAAUUCGAAAGCCGAAAAGUAUGUAGCCUGGUCCGGCGAAGUUGCCAAGGAAAUGAAAGUGUGCCAGGAACGCUACAAUUACCUAGUUGAAGCCAAGAUGUCCAAAAGAGAGGCAAUGAAAACCGAGCUCAUUCAUUCCACCCGAUUCCUCAAAUAUAAUGCUGCCUAUCUUACCAAAGCUCGUGUAAAACGCGAUAUCGAUGAGUUCGUUGACGAGGUGGAGGAUCUUGAGACUCUAAUGGCUGAGCUGCACAAGGAACUGGAUAGGAAGAUGGCUUUUUUCGAAAUACCACGCACGAAAUCGCUGGAUAAUCCAGCCGAGUUUCUAUCUUCCAUGGCUGCGACAGUCAGACUCUCCGAUGAGUUCCGGAAUUCAGGAAUAAAACUUGAAGACGGCGUCGAUUAGGAUUUGCUCAUCAAGAAAGUAAUAUACAUGUUUGAAGAAAU